AUGGAUUCGGACACCGUCUCUCAACUACAAGCGCGAGUGCGUGCUCGCGAGGAACACAUCCGAGAGUCAUGGGUCCGCACUAUGGAGGUCAAAAUAGUCCGCGACGAAUUGACAAAAUGUCAGCGAAUAGAGGGCGUUAAUCAUUAUGAAAAUUGUAAACCGUGGACGGAGAAGUAUUUGAAGAUGUUGCGGGAGAACAGGGUGAAGGGGUACAAGCAGAUAGACCUGUGA